AUGUGGGUGUGUGGCUUCCUUAACCCUGGAUCCCACGCCUACAUCAGUGCCAGCCAGGCCCGAGUGAGCCCCUCCACCUCCUACACCCCCAGUCGCCACAAGAGGAGCUAUGAGGAGGAUGAGGACAUGGAUCUGCAUCCCUCCAAGCAGAAGGAGCAGCACGUGGGCAGUGGAGGUGAUAUUCAUGGAUGUGUGGAGCCAAAGAGAUUAGAAACAGAAGCUUCUGCAGGUCAUCAUGUCAUUUCUCCCAACUGCUCCCCUCCACUUGACCUAAAUUUUCCCUUGCCAGGAGAGAAGGGACCAGCGUGUCUUGUAAAGGUCUAUGAGGGCUGGGAGAGCUUCAAAGUCAAUGAUGUGCUGGAGGUGUUUGGUGUUCUGUCUGUGGACCCAGUGCUGAGCAUAGUGAACAGUGAAGAGAGGGACAGCUCCAGCCUGGAUCCCAUGGAGUGCAUGGACACGGCGGAGGAGCAGAGAGUGCACAGCCCCCCGGCCUCCUUGGUGCCCAGGAUCCACGUGAUUUUGGCACACAAGUUGCAGCACAUUAACCCCUUGCUGCCUGCCUGCCUUAACGAAGAGGAGAGCAAAACCUUUGUUUCUAAUUUCAUGUCUGAGCUGUCACCAGUGAGAGCAGAGUUGCUGGGGUUCCUCACCCAUGCCCUCUUGGGAGACAGUUUGGCUGCUGAAUACCUGAUACUGCAUCUCAUUUCUACAGUCUAUGGCAGACGGGAUGUGCUUCCUCUGGGAAAAUUCACCGUCAACCUGAGCGGCUGUCCUCGGAGCAGCGCCUUCACGGAGCACCUGUACCGCCUCAUCCAGCAGCUGGUGCCAGCAUCCUACCACCUCCGCAUGAGCAUCGAGAGCAUGAACCACUCGCGCUUCAUCCCCCACAAGGACUACACGGCCAAUCGCCUGGUCAGCGGGCUGCUGCAGCUGGCCAGCAACACCUCCCUGGUCAUCGAUGAGACCCAGCUGGAGCAGGGACAGCUGGACACAGCAGGUGUCCAUAAUGUGACAGCCCUGGGUAACCUGAUCACUUGGCAGAAGGUGGAUUAUGACUUCAGUUACCACCGGAUGGAAUUCCCAUGCAACAUUAAUGUUCUGAUCACUUCCGAGGGCCGCUCGCUGCUGCCGUCAGAUUGCCAAGUCCACUUACAGCCACAGAUAAUUCCCCCAAACAUGGAAGAGUACAUGAGCAGCCUCCUCACUGCAGUGCUGCCCUCCGUGCUGAACAAAUUCCGAAUUUACCUGAGUUUGUUGAGGCUGCUGGACUACAGUAUAUCUGAUGAGGUGACCAAGGCAGUGGAAGAAGACUUUGUGGAAAUGCGCAAGAACAACCCCGAGAGCGUCACGGCCGAUGACCUGCACAAAAUGCUGCUGGUGGCCAGGUUCCUGUCGCUCAGCGCGGGGCAGACGACGCUGUCCAGGGAGAGGUGGCUGAGAGCAAAGCAGCUGGAGGCACUGCGCAAGGCCAGGCUGCAGCAGCAGAAAUGUGUCAAUGGCAAUGAACUUUAA